CUCAAUGCAACGCGUUGUGGUUCCGGCUUCCUCGUUACGAAAGAGCGAGGCAACUAGUAUCCUCCUCGAGACCAGUUGAAAUUCAAGUUGACAUGUGCAUUGCAACUUGGACUUGGACCAACGUGGACAGCUCUGCCUUGAACACACGCUAAGAUUUGCUGGUAACCCAUUUUGUGUUGCUGCUAUUGGCCAAUCUGUAUGUGACGCCGGAGAACCCCGAAGAAACAACCCCGACAACUCCAACGGUCCGUUUCGCAUCCGAUCAUUUGCAAAUUUGCCACUUCAGACUCAGUACAAGUGGUGGACGCACUACCAGUGAAGAAUUUAUCAAAUACAGUGUGUAGCCAUUUCCAGCUUCACUUCAACAUGUCAAGAAGUUCGCUAUGCUCGACGCGAAAGUCUCCGCAGCACGAAGCCGCUCCCCUGCUGCCCAAGGCAGAUGCAAUGCUGCCAAAAGAGGGCAAUCCGCUCUACUUGUAUCUACUCACGCUCUGCUCCACCAUCGGUGGCUUCCUCUUCGGCUACGACACGGGUGUAAUUUCCGGUGCGCUGGUACUACUGAGAAGUCCCGAAGUGUUCGAUCUCACGAAUCUUCAGAGUGAGAGUGUAGUCUCUGCUGCAGUUGGCGGUGCUAUCGUCGGCGCAGCCUUGAGUAGUUGUGGUAACGACGUGUUCGGCCGACGUCGUGUGAUUCUCAUGUCCUCCGCCAUGUUCACCACUGGGUCGGUGCUGAUGGCAUCUGCUAAUUCAUUCGGAGAACUUCUCGUCGGGCGUCUCGUUGUUGGAAUAGCAAUUGGAUUCGCGUCUAUGACUGUACCGCUUUACAUCGCUGAAGUAUCACCACCGGAUAUCCGCGGCCAGCUCGUGUCGCUGAAUAACGCGUGCGUCACUGGUGGGCAGUUUUUUGCUUGUGUUCUAGAUGCGAUACUGGCCGAUGUCGAUCAAGGUUGGCGCUACAUGCUCGGGUUGGCUGCUAUCCCUGCGUUUCUCCAGUUCCUUGGAUUCCUGGCUCUACCAGAGACUCCACGCUACCUCAUGAGUAAAGGACGCAAGGAAGAAGCUUGGGAUUCGCUCGUUAAAGUUCGAGGAACAAUGGACGUCUCAAUGGAAUUCAGCCAUGUAGAGGACGAGGUGGAACGCGACCGUUAUGAAGACAGCAACGUGUGGGAGGAAUUGAAGUCGCCUGCAGUCAUUCGUGCUCUGGUUCUGGGAUGUUUCAUCCAAGCUUUAGCCCAGCUAUGCGGUAUCAACACUGUCAUGUACUAUGGGGCUACUAUCAUCCAAAUGGCUGGAUUCACCAACCCCACCACCGCCAUUUGGCUCUCUGCGCUCGUAUCUUUCAGCAACUUCAUCUUCACCUUCGUCGGGAUCUACCUCGUAGACCGAGCUGGUCGUAGACUACUUACACUCGGUAGUUUGGCUGGCGUAUUCUUCUCUUUGGUCGCUCUUGGAGGGAGUUUCUACGCUGCAGAACUGCAGUCAACGGAGGUGACGGGUAUCGGUGAAUGUUCCGGAAUCGCAACGUGCUUCGACUGCGUGGCCAACGUUGCGUGUGGAUUCUGUUCCGAGGGAUCUCCCGAUCCGAUAUUCGCAUUAUCCAACCCCACGAAUGCCAACUUGUGUAUGCCUGGCAAUACUGCAUCAACCAUGCAGGGAUCAUGUGCUACUUCCAACUGGUCCUUCCAGGCUUGUCCGACAGAUAGUCGAGCCCCUGGCUGGGCCAUCUUCGUUGCUCUCUUCGUCUAUUUGGCUUUCUUCGCUAGCGGAAUGGGCUGUAUGCCUUGGACUAUCAACGCUGAGAUCUACCCACUCCGAGUUCGAAGUUUUGCGUUGAGUAUGGCGACGUCCGUGUGUUGGAUCACCAACUUGUUGGUGUCGUUCACUUUCUUGUCGAUUGUAGACGAACUCUCGGUAUAUGGCGCUUUUUGGCUGUACGCAUCGAUCGCCUUGUUUGGAUUCGCGUACUUGUGGAAGGAACUCCCAGAGACGAAAGGCUUGGAACUCGAAGAAAUCCAACAAAUCUUUGAACGUCGUGAACAGCGGACAAGCUCAGUAUUCUCGACUAUCAGCAGCAUACAAACGAAUGAGUAGACAAGUGGCUCUUCGCAGUGAAACAAUAGUGCAUUGAUAAUAUAAAGUACUUGACUGAGAA